GGCAAAGAGACUAAGAAAAAAGUCUUGAGUUUGCCUAGAGUUAGGAUAUGGAUAAAGAGAAUGGAGGAGAGGUGACAUCUCAAAUUCUUGUCAUUGGUAAUCUUUAAUUUGACAAAUUGGAGAAUGUUUGACUUUUGUUGUUAUGAAAAUAACAAGUGAUUAGGUAAGAGACGAGAGUGACUAAAACUGGAGAGUCCAAAUUGAGUUGGAUGGGGGCUUCUAAGUUGUGACAGAGUGAGCCAGCGAGGAAUGACUAAAGGAUGUGGGCUAUAUUUCAUUAAUUUUUUAAUUUUUGGUAUAUUUCUCGAUAUUUUGAUACAUACCAAGCCCAAUUCUGUAAUCUCGAAUAUCGAAUAGCACUCCAAAAUAAAUCUCAAUCUCAAUCCCUAAAAAAUAAACUGAUAUUCGGUAAUACAAAAUAGUGAUAAAUUUGGUACGAUAUUCGGUAUAUUCUAAAUACCAGUACCAAACUUCCAGCACUCGGAUGUGUUGCCAAUAUUAGUCUAAAUGGUUACCUAUAUCAUCUAACUAAUUAAUGGCAACUUCUUAUGGUGUUCCACACUGAUGUUGUUGGAAUGGGAUACGGUCACAUCCCUCAAGGGGUUGUGAGUUUGAUAACCAAGGGCAAUUUGGGUAGUGCAAAAAAGAAUCUUAUUAAUUACUUUUCUUUUUAUAUUAAUUACAUUUUGGGAAAUUAGAACACAUAUUAAAUACAUUGUUUUAUUUUAAAAUUUAAAUCCUAUCACAAAUAUAUUUCUCUCUCUUCCUAUCUCUCUCUUCCUUUUCCAGCAGCCACUGACUCUGACCAGCAGACCUUCUCCGUUGAAAUCCUUUAAUCACACUCGCUCCGGGCACCUACAAAAAAGUACCACUCGUCAAUGCGCUAAUGGUAAUGAUUUUUGUCUAGUGGUACGUAAAAAUUAUCAAUGGUAUUGUACCAGUACUACUGAUACGAUACCACUAGUCAUUGGUACGUAUGUACCAGUGAGCAGUGGUAGCGUACCAGUAGCGCCUACCAGAGGGUAGUGGUACCAAACAAUAGUGGUACACUACCACUAAGAUCUGGGCACUACCAUAUGGCAGUACCAGUAGCAGCUACCAGAUGUUAGUUGUACGCUACCAUAUGAAAAUCAAUACCGCUAGUCUAAAAUAAAAUAAAAACCAGAUCUAGAAAAAAAAAAGAUGAGGAAAUGGGGAGUUUGUGACAUCGCUCAGGGACCUCGUGGUCGUGGUGGUGGGAGGCAAAGGCUGCGUCUCCACCGUCGAAGGGAUGGUGAUGCAGCGGUGGUGGGAGGGCGGCGAGAAGGUUGCGGCAGUGGUGAGAGGCAGAGGGAGGGUUGCGGCGCAGGGUUGUGGAGAUGCGGUGGUGGGAGGCGGAGGGCGCAACGGGGGCUGCGGGAGGACUCCGGCGGUGUUGCCGGCAGAGUGUGAGAGAGAAGGAAGAGAUGGGAGGAAGAAGAAGAGAGAAUUGUUGGUGAUGGCGGCAGAGAGAGAGAGAGGGGAAAUAGAGUUAAUGUAAAGUUUUGGGUAAUUAAUAGGGGUAAUGAUUUAAUUUGGUUAAAAUUUUCGUCCAAAAAUACUCUUAAUCCAAUCUGUACCGUUAAUUUGAUACCGUUAAUUUGAAAAUAGGGAAAAAAAGAGAAUGAAAUAGAAGGUUAAGA